UCUCAAGAAUCCAUCAUUAAUGCUUUUGUUAUCAAGUUCUGUGCAAUCCAAAACCUCAAAACAAAAAGCCAUCAUUUACUCCUUCCUCUGUUUUUCAAGCGUUUCAUUACAAUGAUGAUUCAAGUUUGUAAUUCAUUCGAUGCCCAAAUUUAUUGAAAUCCGGCUUCAGACUAGUCCAUUCUUCUUUCUUGCACUAUGUUUAUUGUUUAUUUAAUGAGGUGUUCUCUUUACUUGAUAGGAUAAGGAUAUCACUUGCAUUUAAACCAUCUCUCUCUUGCUCUGUUCUGAUUCAAGGGAGAUUUAAAAGGGGGUGUGGUGGUUGUGGGUGAAUAUUAAUAGAGGUGAACUACUGAAAGAGAUGGGGAGGACACCCUGUUGUGAUAAAAAGGGUUUGAAGAAAGGGCCAUGGGCUCCUGAGGAAGAUGAGAUCCUCAUAAAUUACAUCAAGAAAAAUGGCCAUGGAAGCUGGAGAUCUCUCCCCAGGCUUGCAGGCCUUCUUCGCUGCGGCAAGAGUUGCCGGCUGCGGUGGACCAACUAUCUCCGGCCAGACAUAAAAAGAGGUCCCUUUACUGUUGAGGAAGAGAAGCUUGUCAUCCAGCUCCAUAGCAUUCUUGGAAACAGGUGGGCUGCCAUUUCUGCUCAGUUACCAGGAAGAACAGACAAUGAGAUAAAGAAUUUGUGGAACACCUACCUAAAGAAGCGCCUGGUCUGGAUGGGUAUUGAUCCAGAAACCCACGAGCCCUUCACCUCCUGCGGACCAACUACCAAAGCACCUGCAUCUCCAGCCACUCGCCACAUGGCUCAGUGGGAGAGUGCGAGGCUGGAAGCCGAGGCUCGGCUUUCAAGGGAGUCCCUGCUCUUCAAUCCACAUCCUCAUGGGAAAAGUAGUGAAUCUGAUUAUUUUCUUCGUCUGUGGAAUUCUGAAGUUGGAGAAUCGUUCAGGAAGCUGAACGGAGGACAGAAAGCUGGAAGUCAGGGGAGCCCUGUCUCCCAAGCUUCUUCUUCCACGAAAUGUGGGUCAGUUUCAGCUGCCACCAUGGAGGUUUGCCUAAAGUUAUCAGGGUCCUCGACCCAAACAAGCAAUCAAAAUAAUGAUACAAAGUGCAAGACCUCCAAAUCAUGCACUGAAGAUGGCAUUGCAGGGUCAGAUUCGUCGAGUUGCAGUGAAUUGGACGAUGCACCAGACACAGCUUUUCAACUGCUGCUGGAUUUCCCCAUUAACGAUGACAUGAGCUUCUUGGAAAACUUCGACAACUAUGGUAUUGCCACCUCUUCUGCAAUGUUGACUGAAAUCUGCCCUCUCUGAAGCUUCCUUCAAAGAUGAUCUAUUUGUAUAAUAAUUUUGAAGGCCUAGAACGUAGGAUGGAUUCAAUAGUUAGAGAAGACGAUGCUAGAUUGCCAGUAUCCAAGGCAAGUUUAUUUGUUUGUUGUAUAUUACUCUAUGAUGGGACUUGGAUUAAUUCAAUAGUAAUAUUGAGGCUCAUUAUUUGCUUU